AUGACCAGAUUCUGGAAUGACAAUUGGAGUCCUUAUGGGAAACUUUCCGAGUUUCUUAAUCUCCCCCAACGGUCACGUCUUGGUAUCCAAGAAACUGCAACUCUUGAUGACCUCUACAGGGACGGUGUCUGGUCCCUUCCGGCGGCUCGAUCAGAACAACAAGUUCUACUUCAAGUAUACUUAACAUCUCUCUCCCUGAACUCUCUUGAUGAUCGCUAUAUCUGGAGCCUAAACAGCUCUUCUCAAGAGUUCUCAACGGGUCUUGUCUACGGAGAACUGAAGCAUCAUAAUCAACCAACCCAAUGGCACAAGGCAGUUUGGUCACCAAGAGGCAUCCCAAGACAGAACUUCCUCGCAUGGCUCCUUGUCCAGAACCGGUGCCCCACGAGAGAUCGGUUACUGGGUUGGGGACUACCAACAGACCCUCUUUGUUUGCUCUGCAACGUGGCACCUGAGAGUAGGGAUCAUAUAUACUAUCAAUGCCCUUAUUUUUGGAGCGUUUGGACUAGAACUGCCAAUAGAGCUGGUCAUCGACCUGAUCAAGAUUGGAACCGUGAGAUGAUCAACAUGCAGAACCUCCAAGGUCCCCGUCACUUGCAGAUCAUUCGACUCCUAGCUUGGCAAUGCACGCUGUACUAUAUCUGGGCUGAAAGGAACUCACGCCUACAUCGACACAUCUUCAAGCCUCCUGACUCAAUUGUAAAGCAGAUUGAAGCGACAAUUCGAUCAAAAAUCUCCGCUCUCCGCGAUCGAUCUCCUCGACUCUCAUCCUCUCUAUUUGCUGUGUGGAACGUAUAA